CACCGCACCGCCAGUACCAAACAAAUCUCUCAAGUCAGUCAUGGGGAAGAAAGUAGAAGAGAGCGGAGCCUUCGACAACCCAGCCUUCGACCAAAAGGAGGGAUUCCAAGAUGGAAGAAGCGAAAAAAGCGUCAGCGUAUCCAGUGGGCAGCAGGCCGAGGAGGCGGCGGACCUGGCCAACGACCCCAAGGUGGCGAGGAGGAUCUUCAGGAACAUCAUCGUUAUCUCCAUCGCCUUCACUUUCCUCUUCACGGCAUACAAUUCAAUGGCCAACCUACAGUCCUCUAUUAAUCAAACGGACGGCACGGUGUCGCUCACCACCAUCUACGCAGCGCUGGUGGUGUCCUGCUGCUUCCUGCCGUCGCUACUCAUCAAGAUACUAAAGACUAAGUACACGAUGGCGCUCUGCAUGCUUGGCUACUCGGCUUAUAUCGCCGCACAGUUCUACCCUACGCUGGGCACGCUGGUGCCCACGGCCAUCCUCGUAGGACUCGGGGCAGCACCCAUGUGGUCUGCCAAGUGUUCGUACCUCACCAUGGUCGGAACCAAGUACGCUGAACUGACUGGGCAAAACAAAGAAGUUAUUAUCACUCGCUACUUCGGUAUAUUUUUCCUAUUCUUCCAAUCGACGCAGGUGUGGGGCAACCUCAUCUCCUCCACAGUGCUGUCAGUGGGAGUAGAUGAUACCGAAAAGACAGACGAGGACCUCCAGCAAUGUGGAUACCAAUUCUGCCUGGCGGAAUCUUCAGGCACAAGUAACAAUACUGAUGACAUUCCCAAUUGGCAGAGGUACACCAUGGCAAGCAUCUACCUGUUCUUCGCGCUCCUCUCCUCCGUCAUCAUAGUGCUGUUCCUCGAUCCCGUCAGCAGAUUCGUGGGGAUAAAGGAAGAGACCGCCGCCGUUGGGGGCAAGUCAGAGAAGGAGCUUCUUGUCGCCACGUUUAAACACAUGCGUCACCCGUACCAGCUGCUCAUCAUCCCCCUCACCAUCUGGUCGGGCGUGGAGCAGGGGUUCUUCCAGUCUGACUACACUGCCGCGUACGUGUCGUGUGGGCUGGGUGUGCACAUGGUGGGCUACGUGAUGAUCUGCUACGGGGUGUGUGACUCCAUCUGCUCCAUCACCUUCAGUCCUCUGGUGAAGAUGGUGGGUCGCGUGCCCAUCUUCACAAUGGGAGCGAUCAUCAACAUCGGCAUCAUCAUAACCCUCAUCUACUGGCGGCCUCACCCCGACGACACGGUCAUCUUCUUCGUGCUCGCUGGCCUGUGGGGAGUGGCUGACGCGGUCUGGCAGACACAGAUUAAUGCCUUCUAUGGGGUCAUCUUCCCGGGCCAAUCCGAGGCUGCCUUCAGCAACUACCGCCUGUGGGAGUCCGUUGGCUUCAUUAUUACCUUCGCCACCAGCACCAGCCUCUGCAUCUACUCGAAGAUCGUCAUCGUGCUGGUGUUCAUCAGCAUUGGUUUCGUCGGCUACUUAAGUAUCGAGCUAAUCGAGCGGCGGGGGGGCCUAAAGAAGGACGGUCACGGGAAGGUGGUCCCCAUCGACAAGCUCGUCACCAGCAACUACUGAGUCAGCCACAACACUGCUUUUAGAAGACGUCGCCCCUAAGUCAGGAGUGAAUAGUUACAAUAUACCACUCUUAAAACACUACUUCCUGAUGAAAUGUACAAAAUAUUUCAACUUUUCUAUGAGGAGACCCAUUGAGCUGGUAUACUUCCCAAGGCAAUAGUGAACGGCGUUGCAGGCACGGCACAGGGGAUUUUAUUAUAUAUUUUUGUGCCGAUGUUAUCUUGUUGCUUGAGCCAUGCUGCCCCCUGGUGCACCACUCGGCAGAGAUUGCUGAACGUAAGGUUAAUAAACAGCAUGUGUAUAAAUCGCUUAGAGUGGAAUCUAUAACUUUAUUUGGACACCAUUUCAUAAUUUUCUAUUAAUAUGUUCUUCAAGAAUGACACUGUGGCUGAGCAUUUUGCUCACUUAAAUACUUCUUCCGGUCCCUAACUCAAAACGGAAGUCAUCGCGAUGUGGAUCACUCUUACAUGAAAACUCGAGAAUAUCGCUGAGCGAGUUGUGACUGGCAUCAAUAUAGGCAAGCCAAGAUCAAAUCAUGCAGCAAUCAUGCGCAAAAACCAUGGAAAUGCAGUGUAUCCUCCGAUCCACUUCGUUUAGACUGAUAACCAAGAAGCUGAAGUGGUCUGCUUUUUUUAAGGUGCUGCCUAAAGCACCGGUAGGCUCUCUUAAGUUGUCUCCUGGACGACCCCAGCCCGUUAGUGGUGCAGGCGAAUAUUAUUUAUAGUGGCUGCCGUGAUAUAUGACUCUUGCUUGGCCCAUGUUGCCCCCCAGUGCUCCCUUUGACCAAAGUCGAUUAAGUUAGGGUUGACUGAAGAUCUGGGCAGCAUGUGGGUAAUCUUCCGCCACUCGGCGAUGGUUAAAUAUACUCAGCGUGCAUCGGUGGGACUCGAAGCUGAGCCCUCGGGCUCACCACGCCCGCACACUGACCACUUGGCCACUGCCUAUGGGGAGACAUUCCGGAAGGAGGGCCUUUGGGCAUAAUUGACAGUGGACUUGAAUGACGGCAGGUCAAGCUUACAGCAGUGACAACUGAAGAAAUCGCCAAACUCUGACCCGAACAGUCGCCACAACCUUCUAAGAAACAUUUUUUUUCUAAACGAACGUUGGAUAUUGAUUGGACUUUAUGGAGGAGGCUUGUUGGAUGCAACAGUUCAGUAUAUUCACGCAUGUGGCGAGAACAAUGAGACCUUGGAAAAUUCUGCAUACUACCUAGGCAUCGCAGUGCAGGACAACGGUAGAUCUCGCCAUAAAGUCUUACGGCAGACUGGCUUGAUGUACGGUGUUAUGGACUCGCAUGUGACUUAGAGACGAAUUGACGCCUUUGGUAAUAAGUGUCACUGCAGAAUCAUAGGUUGUCGUUGGAAUAACUUUGUUAGAUCUCCAAUUACUUCAUGAGACUGAAUCGAGGCUUAUUAUCUGCAUCGCCCGUGACCGUCAACUCGCUAUAUGGGUCGACUCUGCUCACCUGCUGGUUUCUGUAAUCUCGAGUGAAGGCCAAGGCGAGCGCUCGAAGGGUGGGGUAGGAGUCGUUGGGUGGGCGAGGCAAUGCGCCCCCAAGGUGUAGCUUAUGCUUUCAUUGAUAAACUAAAUGAUAUUGUCAGUGAUCAGGCAUCUCUUCAUCGUUUUCCUAGAAGUCAUCAGUCAUCAUUUCAUUCACAUAUACCGAGAAGAUGCUAGGACCAAGUUGAUGAACGAUACAGAAACAAUACAGAUAGCAGUAAUGAAAAGGAUAAUGAUAAUGAUGAUGAUGAUGAUGAUGAUGAUGGUGGUGAUAAUGAUGAUGAUGACUGCAGACAGAAUGUUAAUAUGAUGAAAAUGGUAAUAAUAUACCAUAAUAUUGCCCUAUUUUGCCACUGAGGUGAUGAAAAUAUUACGGAUUUUACGCUUCGCCUGAUCCCAACAGUACUUUUAUUUUAUUUUUUUCAUCCGGCAAGCAUCCUGUGCGUCCAGAGUCAAGACUCGGAACAUGUCGUGCAAGCUUGUGUCUUCGCAAAGCUGCAGGCACAUGACAAAAUCACCUUAUUGUUUAAAAUCGAUUCUGGGUCAACAUUAUGUAUGUGUGUGUGUGUGUGUGUAUGUGUGUUUCUUGCUGCUCGAUACUUAAAUUAGACUUCUCCAGAGUGUAUUAUUUUCAUGAUAAAUUAUAUUAUUAAGUAUGUCAGUAUUUACUGGUUUCACUUCCACUUCAUGCACUCUAUUUUUUUGGCAAAUGUUUUUUUUUUUUUGUGUCAGUUAUUUUAUUAUGUAUUUCCCGUCAAAACAUUCUGCAGCAAAAUCAAACGAUUCCGCAGCCAAGCAUAACGAUACCUCGCCACCUCCACCCCCCCGCCUCCCCAUACCCCCACCUACUCUAUACCGCUACCUGGAAUUUCAACACUCUUCAGUCUGCCUUAGAACCAUCCACACUGAAUGCUACGCUACACUACGCUAAACGCUGAAAGAACGUAACUAGAAAUAUAUAUCUACUACAAA